CCCCUGACCUAGCCCCCCACGACGCACGGCACAACACUCGCACACAGCCGCCGCCCGACCAACUAGGGACCUGCACGAGCGCCGCCGUUCGCCGUCGCCGGCGACGAGCCGCCGCCCGCCGGCAAGGAGCGCAGGCUGCAACCCCUGGUGAGUUUCCCGUUUCCCGUUCUCGUCGUCCUCUCUGAUUUCCUCCUCCCCGUCCUCGAUGGCCCGAGCUAGAGACCCCAGACCUGUUGUUGCUUUCUUCUGACUUCUGUACAUGGCUACAUCUAGCAAUGCUAGUGCUACUGCUGGAGGUGCGAGCGCAAGUGCUAGUGGUAGUGUAAGAUCUACAUCCACGAAUGAUAUAAAGGCUCCACUGUGGGCUCAUGUUAACAUUAUAGAGAAGCCUAAAACAGGAGGAGAAUGAAGCACCUGUUGAGGAAUUAGAAGCAUAAACCAUGAAGCAUUGAACUGCAAGCUGUCCUUAUUAUAUUAUAUUAGUUUCCUAGAUUUACCUAUGUUUGUUAUGUACUGAUUGUUAUUUGCCUAUAUUGAAUUUCGAUUUCUUAUUGUUGUGAACUUUGAUAUGCAUUGUUCUUGAUUUUUUUUAAUUCUGAAACAUAUCCACGGACUCUUUUUUUUGGGAAACUGCAGUAUCGGCGUAUUGGCAUAUCCGUAUCAGCCUCGAUACUGAUAUGCUCAGAAACACGGAUACGUGGAUCAGCUGCCGUAUCGCGUAUCCAAUAUGUAACCGACACGGAUACGCCGCGGAUACAUAUCCUAGACGUAUCCGCGAGUUGGGCCGUAUUGGGCCGGAAAACCUCAGAUUGGAUAUGUAUUUGAUAGGAUACGGCUCAGUUACAGCCCACCUAAAGGGGCACCCCUGUUGCCCUAACCCAACUCCCCCACGCGCAGCCGCUCGUCCCGCUCCCCCACGCGCGACUCGCGCCGCCACUCGUGGCCGGCCCCCGCCGGAGCAGCCUCCGCCCUUGCCGGCGACGACGAGCCACGGCCGCAGCCCGCAGGGAACCCAGGACCAGGAGCUCCCCGCGUGGCGAUGACGAGCCGGAACCGCGGCUGCACCGCUGCAGGGACCAGAGAACCUCUGCCCGCCUGGCUGCUGCAGAGGACCUCCGCCCGGCUCAAGCAGUAGUGAAUAGCAAGGAGUUAGGCAAAAUGGAUAUGCAAGAGAACACAACCCGCAUUCAUCAUGGAAAGACAAAGAAAAAAGAAAGUGCAAAGAAAAAAGAGAAAGCAAGGAAGAGGACAUCAUCUGUUUUGGAUUCUACUAAUGUUUCAGACACAGCCUAUGAGGAAAUGCCAGAGUAUGAUCUUGAUGGACCUACUAUCGGCGAAAAACUAGCUACUCUGGAUUUGAUCAAUAGAGAUAAUGAAAAGAAUGAUACUCAAGAGCAAACACUAUCUAUGGUGCCACCAAGUGCAGAUUCAGUCCAUAUUUUGCUCAAGCAAGCUCUGCGUGCUGAUGAUAACGUAUCAUUGCUAACUUGCUUGUAUAAUAGAGAUGAAAAGGUUAUUGCAAAAUCUAUAUCACUCCUAACACCAGCAGAUGUUGUGAAGCUUCUCAAGUUCUUCGUAUUGCAAAUACAAUCUAGGGGCGCAGUCUUGGUUUGUUUGCUUCCCUGGCUGCAAACUUUACUUAAUCUGCACAUGAGCAGCAUAGUGUCCCAGGAAUCUUCUCUGUCCUUGCUCAACUCGCUCUACCAGCUUAUUGAUGCAAGAACAUCAACCUUCAAGUCAGCACUUCAACUCUCUACCACUCUAGAUUAUCUUUUCAGUGAGAUUGCUGAUGAUGAAGCUGAUGAUGGAGAGGUAGAGCCACCAAUCAUUUAUGAGGACAAGGACACUGAUGAUGAAGAAUCUGAAGUUGAUGCUAUGGAAACCGACGGAGAAGAGGCUGAAGAGCUUGGGGAUGUUCCUGAUGCCUCUGAGCAUUCAGAUGGAAGUGAGAUAAUGAGCGACUGAUUGACUUCUACCCUAGGACUGAGCUCUCAGAUGUCGAUCCUGAUAUGGUGGUAUUCACAAAGCUUAUGAUGACUGCAAGUUCUGUGAUGAUGGUUUAUCAUACUGUGUCCUAGCUGGUUGCUGCAUCUGGAUGCACUUGUUGAGUCAGCAAGUGGUAAAAACUGGAUAUAGUAUUUGUAGGAGUUUUGAUGAUAGUUAUGCUUGUGUUUUGCGAAGCUUCAUUGCAUCUAUUGAUAAACUCCAUCAUACAUUGGCUUGGUAAAGUUUGCCAGCAAAGUGUAUGCUUUUUUUUU